AGCAAAUUCAAAACUCAGGAGUGAAGACCGAAGACAAGAUGCAUCGGCAAAGAAGAUACUUAUAACGGCGCCAAAUUCGGGUCUCACUUGAGGUGAAGGAUGGAAACUGGGGGGACCUCCUCCAGUGGGGAGGGCUUCCUUUCCAGAAUGGCCCUCAACGACAACAAGGCUGGGAUGGAGGGCCUUGACAGGGACAAGAUAAACAAGAUCAUCAUGAAGUCCUCCAAGGGCUCCAGGUUCUAUGAGAACGAGAUGAAAAAGGAACAGCAGGUGAACCAGCGCAUUGAGAGGAUGAUGCUGCAGAAAGCAUGCAUCACUGAGCAACAGUUGAGCAAAGCACAAACACAGGUGGAAAAGAUGAUCUUUGACCUGGAGAGGGUUCGUGACUUGAGCCGUGUUAUUGUGCACGUGGAUAUGGAUGCCUUCUACGCUGCGGUGGAGACGAGAGACUGUCCUGACCUGAAGGACAAACCCAUGGCCGUGGGCUCUAUGAGCAUGCUGACAACUUCCAACUACCGUGCAAGGAAGUUUGGGGUCCGUGCCGCCAUGCCUGGCUUCAUCGCGAAGAAGCUCUGCCCAAACCUGGUUAUUGUUCCAACCGACUUUGACAAAUACAGAGCAGUGAGCGCUGAAGUCCAAGAGAUCUUUGCAGACUAUGACCCUCACUUCCUUCCCAUGAGUCUGGACGAGGCCUACCUGGACAUCAGUGAGCACCUGGAGCAGAGGAGGGUCUGGCCAGAGGCCCUGCGUACCCACCGUCUCCGGACCAACGACACUGGGACAGCUAUAUCCGUGUCAGUGCCAGUUGAGGAGCAGGGUGAUGGCCUACAGGAGACAGUAGAGGGUCUGUCUCCUGUCCUGUUUGAGGACAGCCCCAGCUCCUCCUCCUGCCCCUUUCUGCAGGAUGCUCCUGGGGGCGGGGCUGGGGGAGACGUGAUGGUGUUUGGGACCUGUGCCGAGGAGGCGGUGAGAGAGAUGCGCUUCCGCAUCGAGCAGAAAACCUCACUUACUGCCAGCGCAGGCAUUGCCCCAAACAUGAUGCUGGCCAAGGUGUGUAGUGAUAAGAACAAACCCAACGGCCAGUACAGACUCCCCUCUAACCGACAGGCUGUCAUGGUAUUCAUACAGGACUUGCCAGUCCGGAAGGUAUCAGGCAUUGGGAACGUGACAGAGAAGAUGCUGGGAGCUCUAGGUAUCACCAGCUGUAUCCAUCUUGGCCAGGAGAUGGCGCUGCUGGCCUUGCUGUUCUCUGAGACAUCCUGGCACCACUUCCUCGACAUCUCCCUGGGCUUGGGCUCCACACACAUCGAGAGGGACGGGGAGAGAAAAAGCAUGAGCACAGAGAGGACAUUUGGAGAGAUGGUUGCAUUAGAGGAGCAGUUCUCUCUGUGCAGGCAGCUGUGUCAAGACCUGGCUCAGGACCUGCAGAAGGAGGCUCUCAAGGGCAAGACAGUGACGUUGAGGCUUAAAAAUGUCAACUUUGAGGUGAAAACCAGAGCGUGGACAUUGCCGUGUGCCGUUGCUACGAGUGACGAGCUCUUUGCUGUCGCUAAGGACUUGCUGAAGACUGAGAUUGACAACGUCAGCCCCCAGCCACUGAGACUGAGGCUCAUGGGCUUUAGAGUUUCCAGCUUUGUCAGCGCUGAUGACAAGAAACCCCAGCAGAAGAGCAUUGUGGGAUUCCUCCAGAAAGGCAGGGCUGACUCCAGUAGCCCCUCACAGAUCUCCUCCCACAAGCCUGUGAAAGAGCAUCAACCUAAGCCUCCAGGCCAGACCCAGCCCUUUCCUUCCCUGGUACAGCAGAGCCAGGGGCAGGAGGAUCACCCCUGGGUACCCAGCUGGGGAGGAGUGGAGGUGGGGAGGACUGGGGAGCAGCAGCAGUCCUUCUUCCAAAAAGCUCGCGCCCAGAGGCUGCGGCUGCAAGCUGAGAGAGAGGACCCACCAGAGGAUGGAAAGUGGAACAUCUUGGAGACCAGACUGGGCCCAGCCUCAUCAGCCACCAAGCCCAAACAGACACCGACACCCAUUCAGAAGAAUCCAAAUACAUCAGCAGAGACACAAUUCUCUAUGAGUGCAUUGACAGCUUCUGACAACAUGACACAUGCACCUACAGCCAGCAGCACAGAGGCCCACGUGUCUACUUCAUUGUGCUGGUCCACAGAGCCAGGGACAGACAGUCUGACCUGCCCUGUGUGCUUCAGGGAGGUGAACACCACAGACCUGACAGUCUUCAACAGACAUGUUGACCAGUGUCUCAGUGGGGUUCCUAUGGAGCACAACAUUCACACAGACACAGAACUAGAGAGAGGUUCCAGUGUCUGUGAGGAGGUGGAGAAAGAAAGGGAAGAGGAGAUUGAGAAAGAGAUAGCUGAAGGGGAAAGGAGGGAGGAGGGAUUGAUGGAGAUAGGUAGGGACCCACUCAGUAGGUGCAUGUUGGACUCAUUGGGCCUUCGAUUGGACUCUAGUGCAGGUGAUAAUAAAGGACUACUUCUGUAUGAGACUAGUACAACUAAUAUUUCACUAAACGCUGUGGGCCUGAACCCUGUCUGCCUUAACACUUGUCCAAAUGGAGGUGUGUCUAUACCUAGAGUUACAGACCCUAACAUCCUGAAGGGUUCAUCUCAAAGUGACCCUCGUGUUCGUCCGUUGUCCCCAGGUGGCCCUCGGCCAAUGACUACGCCCAAGGUUGAGUCACAUGACCCCAGAGAACCCGCCCUCACCUGCCCAGUGUGUCAGGUGACACAGGACACCGAUAACCUCACCCUCUUUAACCGACAUGUUGACCUCUGUCUAAACCAGGAGGUCUUACAUGAGCUUGAAGGACUGGCAUCUGUGGACUGCACCCCCCACAAUGCAACACCUGCUGCCCACAAAGAGCGAGAGCAGGCUCUGCGGAGAGCGCCACAGAAAGGCAAGAGCAGAAGGAGAGGCUCGUCUCCCCCGCCCCCAUCUAAGAAGGUCAAAGCCCUGGGCGCAGCUCGGAACACCAUCGACAAGUUCUUUAGGUGACAACACACACGAAGACCAAGAGGAUGGCAUGUUAUUCUCAGACGGUGAUGAAGACUGACUGUUACCUGGAUCUCAGGUGAAUGGAGUGCUGGUGACCUCACUAGAAACCAUACCUACCUACCUAGUACUUCUUGGAUUGCUUACUCAAGAAUUGAAGAUGCACUUUCUUCUUUCUAUAAUGUUAGUUUUUAUGUAUUUUGUUCAUUCUUUAAUGUCAUAAUGGUCAUAAAUUGCUUUAUUUAUUUAUUGUACUGCUAUAAUUGAUCAUGCACUAGCUGCGGCUAAAUGAGGGGACUGUGUGUGUUUUGCACCAUUUUAGAUGUAAAAAAUAAGGUGCACGAUGGAUGUGAAGAAUAGGGGUUAGAAUAACUAAACAGUAGAAGAUUACAU